AUGGCUCAGCCUUCUUAUGAUUUCUCUUUUCGGCCCUUUACUUCUGUGACACAAAGCACUGCCAAUUCUCCUACCAACCUUAAUAUAUCCAUGCCGUUUGAGGCUUACGGAAGGCCUGUAGAAUUCGUCACGCAUUCGAUCUCCGUGCCAAAUACACCUGCAUUUUGUGCUAAAAGACCCCGAACAGGAAGAACUCCCCAGGUGUCUUUGACAAGUCCCGUAACUGUGACCUCUACGCCUUCUAAAGUGGUGCCUUCACAAGUGACUCCCGUCAUUCAUGGCACCGCCCCUCAACCAACAAGGAACUUGCGAGCUCAGUGGUCACAACUUCAACAUAACGAAAUGACUUGUCAAAUGCCUUCCACUGGAACUCAACCGAUGUCCACCUUACAGCCACCAAGUGGACAUUAUUCGACGAUGGGGUCGCCAGAAAUGCCGCCCUCAUUACAUAGCCUUGCUCCUCAAAAGUUAACCCACGUGCCAACUCUAUCUCUGCUUUUGAUAAAAUUGCUCGAGAGCGAAACGACUCCGCCAAUUCCAAUGGGUAGCACCCAAUCUACAUCCACCUUGUCGCCAGCGUCUGGACAGUCGUCAACGAUGUGGCCUCAAGAAAUGCCGCCCUCAUUACGUGCCACUGCCUCCCAAACUUUGUCCUAUUGGCAACCGCGGUCAGAAAUCAUCCGCACAGAAAUGGCUGCACAAACUCCCAUGGGUGGUACUCAAUCUACGUCCACCUUGUUGCCAGCGUCUGGACAAACUUCGUCGAUGAUUCCUCCUGAAACCGUGCCUUCAUUUCAUGACACCGCUCAUCAAACUUUGACUUGCUCGAGAUCUCCAUCUGAGCAGCUUUCACCUCCAAUUCUGAGUCCCCAUUUUGAUGAUACUUCUCCCCAAUCUUCAACAUCAUUUCAUUCUGCUACAUCAAGGUCACCUACGUCCGCCCAAUCGCCUUUGAAAUGCACAAGUAGUACAUCCUCCUUUCCACCUGCGCCUGCGCGUUAUUCGAUUCCACUUCUUGCUGAAAUGACCUAG